AUGGCUUCUCUCUCGAGUAGUCCAUGGCUUCAUCUCCUACUGCUUCUCGUGGCCAUGGGCGGCACGUUCGCGGCCGCCGGUGGCAGCGGGAACCCCACCGCCGGGUUCCAGAAGGUGCAGCUCGCCGACGGCGAUUUCCAGGUGCAGAGCCCGUACAACGUGCCGGAGAGCCAGCGGUUCCAGUACCGCAACGGUGUGCGGACGUUCUGGGUGCACCGAAAUGACAAGCCCUUCAACACCGUCACCCACACCAACCCGCGCUCUGAAGUCAAGCUCCGGGGCCACGACUACUCGUCGGGGGUGUGGCAAUUCGAGGGCUAUGGCUACGUGCCGUCGGGGACCUCCGGCGUGUCGGUGAUGCAGAUCCACAACGAGGAGGGCGCCGCGCACUCGACGGUGUUGAUGUUGCACGUCUACGACGGCGUCCUUCGGUUCUACAGCGGGGCGGCCAUCGAGCCCGACAUCUACGACCGGUGGUUCCGCCUCAACGUGAUGCACGACGUCGGCGCGUCCACGGUGGCCGUGUACGUCGACGGCGAGCGAAAGUUCAGCACCAGCGUGACCCCCAGCGAGUCCUACUACUUCAAGUUUGGGGUGUACAUGCAGCACCAUGACCAAUCCAGCUGCAUGGAGUCACGAUGGACCAACGUCACGCUCUAUACUAAGCACUAG